GCCAGGUGGAUGUGAAAGCUGCUCCGCCAUUGGCUGAGAAGAGUUAAACAGCAGCACUUGGGCUCCUCCUUCUUCCCCAUUUCCUCUAAAAGCACCGGUGGAAGCAGCUGAGCAGUAAAAAGGAGGAGAUAUACUAGUAGCUGGCCUCAGAAUCUCACAAACGUCAGGAGAUAAAACAGUAGAGAGGCAGAGUUACGACUUGUGUUCCUGGAAAGCUGACAAACAGACCGGUCGCUCCUACGUCACAGUAAAGAUGGCCUCCGUCGCUCCGUUCAGUCGCAGACAGUGGGCAUCCCAGUCCCUGAGGGUCACGGCCAAAGAGCUGUCCAUCGUCUCUGCCCGGGGGAAGAAUAACGCAAUCGCAGAACGUUUCUCCAAGUACCAGAUGGCAGCGGAGGAAGGCAAUGCAGAGAAAAGGAAAUCAGCAGUGGAGCCUUUACCCUCAUCACUGUGCAGUGGGAACCUGAGUGUUUUAAAGAAACGCUGGGAGCAACAACAACAGCAGCAACCGCCAUCCAUCCCCAGAACCCCAGCUCAGGCCGCACCCUGCAGCCCAGUCCUCACACAGGCCAGUCGGUCAGCAGGACCCAAGCUGAAACCCACCGAGUGUGACUCCACGCUCUCCCAGGACCCUGAGGGGGAAGCCAGCAACACAGAGUCCCAGUCCAACCAUUUGGAUUCAUCCAACCCUGCGCUCGGAUCAGAGGAUUCAAUGGAGAUGGAAGCAAAGUCUGACAGAGAUUCAGAAGUAACAUCAGCUGAGGUGCCUGAAUCGGAGAGGCCCAGCGUUCCCCUCAACAGCCUCAAGAUGAUGUUUGAGAAGGGAGAGAACCUGACUGACAAGGCAUCCAGAGAGACAAGUAAAGGACAGAACACUAACACCGCCAGCAUGGACCAGCUACUAGGAGAUGGAAGUCUGGCUGAUUCCACUCCUCUCCGGGACAGGAUGGCCCUUUACCAGGCCGCCAUCUCCAAACAGGACGUCACUCCCACCUCAGCCAAUGGGGAUCAGUUGGACAGUUUUUGUGGGAAGCAGAAGGAGAACGUUCCUCCAUUCAAUCUGGACAUGAGUCCAGAGUCUGAGGCAAACAGCCGGAAAGUUUUUACCCCAGAGAACAAUGUUGCGGCUUCUGGCACAGCAGCAUCGACCAAUCAGAAAGACUCUCCUCAGCCCAAGACCCCCAGGAACUUUCGGCUACCGGUGAGGGAGACCUGUGUGUCCUGUAUGAAGACGGUUUAUCCUCUGGAGAGACUGGUGGCGAACCAGAGCAUCUACCACAGCUCCUGUUUCCGCUGCUCACACUGCAACACCAAGCUCAGUUUGGCGAACUACGCCUCUCUGCACAACAACGUCUACUGUAAACCCCACUUCUGCCAGCUCUUCAAAUCCAAGGGCAACUACGACGAGGGCUUCGGCCACCGACCCCACAAGGAGCUGUGGGAGUCCAAAGUGGAUGGGGGGGAGACCUCGCCGCCAUCUGACGUCCAGACCAGAGCCAAGAUCCAGAGCCCGGGCCUGGCCUCGGACCUGCCCAGCCCCAGCGUGGAGGACUCACCACUGGCCAAGGUCAAUGUCCUGAUGGCCACCAUGGAGGCUCUGGGACAGGGGUCACCAGAGAAGGCCGACAGACCCACAGAGACCCGCAGGCUGAAGAUCUCCUGGCCGCCGCGAACAGAACCAGACAACGGAGCCUCGGCGACCACAGAGGGAAGCCCCACUGGUAAACCCAUCAAAGCCAAGUGGCCCCCAGAGGAGGAGUCCCCCACUUCACCUCCAGAGAAGACCAGAGAAACCUCCUGCCUGCGUCGCAGCUCCUCUUUGAAGGAGCGCAGCCUGCCCUUCACAUUAGCAGAACCAACCAAUCACAGACCUGCUCCUGAGGCCAGAGAAGAAAGCCCGCCUCCUCCUGCAGAACCGAUGGAGGACCUGCAGCCGAGCCCCAAAUCCAUAAGGAUGGAGCUGCAGCAGGAGGGCCAGUCCUCAGAGAGUCACACACCCACUGAGGACAGCUGUGUGGACGUCCACACCAGCUCAGGAGAGGAGGAACAGGAGGGAGACAUGAGCGAGGAGACGCCAGAACACAAGGAAGAUAAGGAUGACACCGCAGGACAACAACCUGAGGAGGAGGAGCAGAUGGAAGAAGACGGAGGUGUGAUGGAGGAGGAGACGCCCCCUGAACCCACCGCCCUCUCCUCCCCCGAUGGUGAGGUGGAGGCCAGCCGCUCGUCCCAGGACGUGGGCUUCUGGGACAGCGAGGAGGUGGACGAUAAGGAGGAGCUGACGGUGGAGGAGAUGAUUAAACGAAACCGAUACUACGAGGAGGAAGACGAGGAAGAGGAUGCGUAGAAAUGAUCUGGUCGUAGCCACAGAAACUUGCCAUUCCCUUUUUAGAUUUUUGUAGAUUUUUCUUCUAAAGAGUCUCGUAUGAGCUCUUUCUUCGUGCCUCUUUGAACAGAUUGAAACACUUAAAGCCAUUCCUACAGUUUCACUUUUUACACUAGUCUUUACUGAUCUGUCAGAGAAUACGCUGCUCUGACAGGAUUAGAUUUUAAUGUAUUAUAGUUAAAGUGAUGCCCAGUGUAAAGGAUAUUUUUAGACGGAAAUCCAAAGGUUGUGACACUUUGUUUUAUUUUUGUGUACAUGACAUUUGUGAUUUUUCUGUUUUCAUAAAUGCUGAAUUAUCUUAUUUGAGACUCUGCUGUUGUAAAAGUAACCAGAUGGUCUUGUAUUCUAACAUGGAGGGAAACCCAGACAUCUGACACUGAGGGCCAUUGUUUUGGGAGAAGAAACACAGCACUUUUAUCUAUUAAUGUUUUUUAAAGGGUUUGGUUUGUUUAGACACGAUUUCUGUGGUGAAAUACAUCUGUCACUUUCCAUACUUUUACCAUUCCUUAUGUACAUGUUAAACUUAAAUACUGUGUUUGUUGUUUUCUAUUUUCCAAAUUAUAACUGGAUGUUUUUCACCUGACAAAGGUUUUUAUCAGGGGGACCAAAUACACAAAAUCAUGUUUAUUUUAAAUAUAAUGUUAAAUAAAUUGAAUACAAAAAUAUUA